UCCUACUCCUUCACCGUACACAUGGCUGCAUGCGUAAAUAAGUCAGCGGAUCGGUUGUGUGUUAUUACUUAGGAUUUUGCCAUAUCCAUUAGAUAUAUUAUUAAUUUGUUAAAACGGACAGUCGAGUAGUUCCUGUAGAAACAUCAACAUGGUUUGGAUUAGCAGAGUGUGUUUCCGGAAGUACGGGAACUUUGUGGAUAACCUGCGGCUGUAUGUAAGGGGUGGGAGCGGUGGCAUGGGCUUACCCCGAAUGGGUGGACAAGGUGGAAAUGGAGGAGACGUUUGGGUGGUGGCUAAAAAAGACCUUACCCUGAAACGUAUCAAAGACAAAUAUCCACAUAAGCGCUUCGUUGCUGGUGUGGGCCACAACAGCAGUAUCCGUGCACUGAAAGGAGCAAAAGGGGGGGAUGUGGAAAUCUCUGCUCCCGUUGGAAUCUGUGUGACCGCAGAUGAUGGGAGAGCUUUAGGAGAGUUGAACCAUGAAGGAGAAAGGGUUAUAGUAGCCAGAGGUGGUCACGGCGGAACUCUUCAGUCUGGGUUUCUACCCAGUAAAGGACAGACCCAGCACAUCCGUCUGGAUCUCCGGCUCAUUGCAGAUCUGGGUCUUGUGGGGUUUCCUAACGCGGGUAAAUCCUCUUUACUGACAGCCCUGUCACACGCCACACCUCAGGUUGCCAGCUACCCAUUCACAACUCUGAGACCUGAGAUUGGCAAGGUGAUGUAUGAGGACCAUAAGCAGGUGUCAGUGGCAGAUUUGCCCGGCUUGAUCGAAGGUGCUCACGUAAACCGAGGCAUGGGACACAAGUUCCUAAAACAUGUGGAAAGAACCAAACAGCUCAUGUUUGUGGUUGAUGUCUGUGGGUUUCAGCUGGCCAGUAAAACACCAUUUCGAUCUGCAUUUGAAGCAGUGCAGCUACUCACUAAGGAACUGGAGUUGUAUAAAGAAGAGCUGCUGUCCAAGCCCGCCAUCCUGGUGGUUAAUAAGAUGGACCUGCCUGAGGCUGAGGAGAAGCUCAGAGAGCUGGAGACCCAACUCAAGGAUCAGGAGGAGUUCAGUCACCUCCUGCCUGAGGACAUGAUACCCAAGAGCUUCCUCAAUUUUAAACACACCGUUCCUGUUUCUGCCCUGACUGGCCUCGGCCUGCCCCACCUUAAAGCUGUCAUCCGUGAGUCGCUGGAAGAGCAAGAAGCCAUAGAAUCAGAGAGACACCGUAUAGAGAAGCUUCAGGAGCUGAGACGGGAGAUUCCUGUUGUUUCCAAGCCCACUUGGGGCCAGCCUCGCUCAGAGCCCAUAAACUGGAACUGAACUUAUGAGAUGGAACAUAAUGGUUAUUAUUGCCACCACAUUGUCACCAGUUCACUGGAACUAUAAUCCCCCAAGUUUGUUCAGCAGUGCUGCACUGGAAUGAAAUGACCUUGUGUCCACCUUCUGGAGUCUCUUCUCAGAGCUGCUGGCUUUGUGAGAUAUAUUUAAUGGUUGGAAUGAAGAGAG